UCUUUUGUUUGCGUGUGUGAGUGAUGUCUCCGCCAUUGGUACUCAUUUAAGCCGAGAACUGAAAUAGGUUGUACCUUUCAUAAAUCGGCAAAAAUCUCUACAAUCUUCUUUUCUUUACUUGUAAUAUUUAGUCAUAUUCCGUGCACAAACAUUCUAUCCGAUGGCAGACAGAGACACAGAUGAGUUAAACAUCGACAAUGUCAUAAAAAAAUUACUAAAAGUCCGGGGCGAGAAGCCUGGCAUGAAUGUACAGUUAACGGAAAUCGAGAUCAAAGGGCUGUGCUUAAAAUCGCGGGAAAUAUUCUUAUCACAGCCCAUAUUACUUGAAUUGGAAGCCCCUCUAAAAAUAUGCGGUGACAUCCACGGACAGUACUAUGACUUGCUCCGGCUCUUCGAAUAUGGAGGCUUCCCGCCCGAGUCCAACUACCUGUUCCUCGGAGACUAUGUGGACCGCGGGAAGCAGUCGCUGGAGACAAUCUGCCUGCUGCUAGCGUACAAGAUCAAAUAUCCAGAGAACUUCUUCUUAUUACGGGGGAACCAUGAAUGUGCUAGCAUUAAUAGGAUUUAUGGAUUCUACGACGAAUGCAAACGGAGGUAUAACAUCAAGCUAUGGAAAACGUUCACAGACUGCUUCAACUGCUUACCCGUCGCGGCUAUAGUUGACGAGAAGAUCUUCUGCUGUCAUGGCGGUCUCUCGCCCGACCUGCAGGCCAUGGAGCAGAUCCGGCGGAUCAUGCGGCCCACCGACGUGCCCGACCAGGGGCUGCUCUGCGACCUGCUGUGGUCCGACCCCGACAAGGACACCACCGGCUGGGGCGAGAACGAUCGCGGCGUCAGCUUCACCUUCGGCACAGAGGUUGUUGGCAAGUUCUUGUCUAAGCACGAGUUCGACCUGAUCUGCCGCGCGCAUCAAGUGGUCGAGGACGGUUACGAAUUCUUCGCCAAGCGGCAACUGGUCACGCUCUUCUCCGCGCCCAACUACUGCGGAGAGUUUGACAACGCGGGUGCGCUGAUGUCCGUGGACGAGACGCUGAUGUGCUCGUUCCAGAUCCUGAAGCCGGCCGACAAGCGCAAGCUGUACUCCGGCCUCAACAUGGGCCGCCCCAACACCCCGCCGCGCGCGCAGCCCAAGAACAAGAAGAACUAACCGCCGCUGCGCUGCAUGGACCCCUCCGCGUACUCUAUUGGCCUCCGACACCCCCGUGCCAAACCACCCUCACAGCUCACACUCGGCCAUUCACAAACAAAAUCACUCCUACGUCACCCUGUAUAUACAGGAUCACCACAAAAAGACACCCUGUAUAUACAGAUGACCACAAAAAGACACCCUGUAUAUACAGGGUGACCACAAAAAGACAUCCUGUAUAUACAGGGUGACCACAAAAAGACACCCUGUACAUACAGGUUGACCGUACAAUCCAUCCUGCAUAUCGCUAUCACUACUUUGAAAAAAAACUCGUAUUUCUUCUGUCAAUGAAAAGAAAAAUGUAGUAUGUAUGGAAUCCAUAUAGACUUACUACGUUUUAACUUUGAGCAGCAGUGUGAACGAGAUUUUUUUCAAAGUAGGCGACCAACCCUGUAUUAUACAGGGUGACCAAAACCCAAGUUAUUUUAUUUGUCAAUGUCUAUCCUCUUAGAGAGCGUUCUUCUUAGAUAUAACCUCGGAUGUCGAUCCGAUAGUUUAUAAGCGUUAGGCCUAGCCUUCGAGCCUAAGUCUUUUCUAGCGUUGACUGUCUCUCGGUAGUAACCGGCGUCCCGCAGGCGAAUCCAUUCGUAUUUGUCCACGGCCGAUUGUUAUAUUAGCCGGGUUGUAAAAUUCCUAAGCAUAUCGUGAAUUUUGAGACAACUGAUUAUAUCUAGACAGUUUGAUUAUAUCUGAUGUCACUUAACUGACCUAUCUAUUGAUUCAAUAUGACUGCCGUCAAAAGAUUACUCAGGAAUUGAAAGAUCGGGCGGAUUUUACAAUCUGCCGUCGACAUAUCGAACCUGCAACCGUCAAUAGAGUGCACCCUUAACUGUAUUUUUUACUUAUGGACUUUCCAUUCUUUUUUUAAUGUUUUUAAAAAUGAAAUUCUAGCAAUCAAGUCUUAUUUACAGUUUUUUCUCUUAGAAGUUCAAUAAUGCUCGCAUUGUACAACAAUUGCUGGAAAAUUGUGUUUAGCGUGACAUGAGCAUGCGAACUUGCGAAACGUCAAUGUUGCCAUCCUUUCUGUGGCCUAUUUCACCACAGCGAUGCUUGACACUGACAGUUAGGUGCCUAUUUCGGGGUUGAUAAGUAACAUUACUCGGCGACAAUAUUUCCUUGUUGAACACUUGAACAGGCAAUGAACGGCGAAAUGUCACUGUAGGGCGAUAAUUGUCAGUGUGGUGAAACAGGCCACUGUAUUUAUUUUUAUCUUUUCUUAUGGCGAUUUGUAAAGAUUUUUCUUAAAGGCUUAACUCUAUAAAGAGAUUUUUUACAGUUAAGUUAUGCAGGGUGACAUAUGUGAUUAAGUGAAUUCGUUUUUUUAAUUGUUAACAGUAAAGAAACUGAUUUGUUAAGUUUCUGUUGUGAGGGCUAAAAUGUUAAUUUGUUCACGUUAACUGUCGCUUUUUAUAAGCGAUCUGAAAGUAAAAUCACGGUAACAGAUAAAUAAGUAAGCUUAGAGUUCUAAUUCACAUACACAACAUACAUACAUACAUACA